AUGGCUGAGGCUGUGCGUGAAACGGCGACUGCUACUACCCGAGCAGUUAACCGUCUGGGGGAACGUAAUGGAGAGCGUAAUAAUGACCGUAAUGGUGAAAAUGGUGGGAACGGUGAUGGAGAUAACAUGAAUCAUGAUAGGCCUAUGACAUUAGCUGCUUUCUUGAAAGUUAAUCCACCGAAGUUCAAGGGUACGACUGUAGCAAAUGAAGCUAAUAAUUGGUUCCGAGGCAUAGAAAGGUCCUUGAGGGCACAGCAUGUCCCGGAAGAACAGUAUGUAGAAUUUGCUACUUAUAUGUUGGAAGGGGAUGCUCAGCACUGGUGGCAGGGCAUUCAACGUUUACUGCAGCAAGAUGAGGGUAAUAUUUUGUGGGAUGUUUUCAAAGAAGAGUUCUAUAAGAAGUACUUUCCUAGAGCUACUCGUGAGGCAAAAGAGAUGGAGUUGAUGCAGUUGAAACAGGGAAGUAUGUCUGUUGCUGAGUAUACAAGGAAGUUUGAAGAUUUAUGUCGUUUUUCCAAGGUUUGUCAAGGGAAUCCAGCAGAUUUCGAAGAGUGGAAAUAUUUGAAAUUUGAAGGAGGACUCCGUGAAGAUUUGUUGAACUCAGUAGUUCCAUUGGAAAUACGGAAUUUUGCAGAGUUGGUUAAUAAGAGUCAGCUAGUAGAGGACUAUGCUAAGAAGAUAGCUGCAGCUUGGAUGAAUCGCCCAGGAUCUUCUUUUCAGAAUUAUAAUCGGUAUACAGCUCCUCAGGGAAAGAAUUUUAAGCAGGGAGCAAUGCCUUCACGAAGGUACAAUCAGAAUAAAAAUGUUCAUGCACGUCCUACAGGAGGGAAUGGAGGAAGAAUGAGACAGGAUAUGGGUAAGCGACCUCAGCAGGCGCAGAUGCGACUAGUAUGUAGGCAGUGCGGAAAGAAGCAUGGAGGUAGACCUUGUCAGCUUACAGGCGUUAUCUGUUUUUCUUGUGGUCAGUCUGGACAUAUGGCUAAGGACUGUCUGAAGAAGCCAGUACAAGGAAUAGAUAGGCCGCGACAGCAAGAACGUGUGUUUGCUAUGACUGCUGAUGACGCAAUGAAAUCAGACUCCCUAAUUCAAGGUCAGUGUUAUGUCAAAUCUCGACUUUUAACUGUACUGUAUGACUCUGGUGCAUCACAUUCAUUUAUUUCUGAGACUGUUGCGCAUGAGUUGGGAUUAGAUUUCACCAUGUUAGAUUAUAAUCUAAUUGUUUGUACACCCACAUCUCAAAAUGCCUUGACUAGUCAAGUAUGUCAACAGGAGCCUUUUGUUAUUGAGGCUAGGACUUUUAUACAUGACCUGGUUUGUUUGCCUUUGUGUGGUUUAGAUAUUAUCUUAGGUCUAGAUUGGUUGUCCAAGCAUCAUGUUUUCCUUGAUUGUUUUAAACGAAUUGCUACAUUUCCAUCAUCUGAAAUGCACACUGAACCAGUUGAGUCUUGUACUUUCUAUUUGAAUUCCCUAAGAGUUAUUUCUAGUAAUAGUGGGUUAGAGGGUUACGUUCUACUAUCGGCUAGCUCAGAAACUAAUGAACAAGACUUGGAGUAA